AUGGCGAGGGAGGAGUGCAAGGCGCUGCUGGACGCGCUCAAUAAGACCACGGCGUGCUACCAUCACUUGGUGCUGACCGUGGGCGGCUCCGCGGACACGCAGGACCUACGCGAGGAGCUGCAGAAGACCCGCCAGAAGGCGCGCGAGCUGGCCGUGGCCACCGGCUCCCGGCUGACCGCGGCGCUGCGCGACCGGGGCUUAGCUUCCGAGGAGCGCGCGGAGUUCGAGCGGCUCUGGGUGGCCUUCUCGGGCUGCCUGGACCUGCUCGAGGCUGACAUGCAGCGCGCGCUGGCGCUGGGGGCCGCCUUCCCGCUGCACGCGCCGCUCCGGCCCCUGGUGCGCACCGGGGUGGCCGGCGGCUCCUCCGCCGUGGCCGCGCGCGCCCUGAGCGCCCGCACCCUGCGGCACGAGGCCGAGGGCGACAUCGACGUCGCUGACCUGCCCCAGCUGGAGCGCGAGGUCCUCCAGGUGGGCGAGAUGAUCGACGACAUGGAGAUGAAAGUCAACGUGCCCCGCUGGACCGUCCAGGCGCGGCAGGCGGCGGGCGCCGAGCUCCUGUCCGGAGCCAACGCCGGUGCGUCCUCCGUCGGGGGCGUUUCCGUGGAGGAGCGCGCGGGACCCUGCGACCCCAGUAAGGCCCUGGCCGCCACCGUCUUCAGCGCCGUGCUGCUGGUGGCCGUGGCCCUCGCCUUGUGUGUGGCAAAGCUGAGCUGA